AUGGGCGACGUCCUUGUCGAGACCCCGGCCGGUCUGACCCAGCCGCAAAAGAAACCCGUCCCUUCGGCGAUUCCCAACAUCGAGACCUUCGAGGGUGUGGCGACGGAAGGCGGUGAUGACUACAUCACUCUAAAGAAGCUUCAGAGGCAGCUGGAGUACAUCAAACUGCAGGAGGAAUACAUCAAGGAUGAGCAGAGGAGCUUGAAGCGCGAGCUUGUUCGCGCCCAGGAGGAAAUCAAGAGGAUUCAGAGUGUUCCCUUGGUGAUUGGGCAGUUUAUGGAAGCUAUCGAUCAGAACACGGGUAUCGUUCAGUCCAGUACCGGUUCCAACUACGUCGUACGCAUCCUCUCGACUCUCGACCGCGAGCUCCUGAAGCCGUCUUCCUCCGUAGCCCUCCACCGCCAUUCUAAUGCCGUCGUCGAUAUUUUGCCUCCCGAGGCUGACUCCUCCAUUGCCAUGCUCGGUGUCGACGAGAAGCCCGACGUUACAUAUGCCGAUGUUGGAGGCUUGGAUAUGCAGAAGCAGGAAAUCAGGGAAGCCGUCGAACUUCCCCUAACACACUUCGACCUUUACAAACAGAUAGGUAUCGACCCCCCGCGCGGUGUCCUUCUCUACGGUCCUCCCGGUACCGGCAAGACGAUGUUGGUCAAGGCGGUCGCAAACUCGACGACAGCAAACUUCAUCCGCGUCGUCGGUUCCGAGUUCGUACAAAAGUACCUCGGUGAGGGUCCUCGCAUGGUGCGCGACGUCUUCCGCAUGGCUCGCGAGAACGCGCCCGCUAUUAUCUUCAUCGACGAAAUCGAUGCUAUUGCUACGAAGCGUUUCGACGCCCAGACCGGUGCCGAUCGUGAGGUGCAGCGUAUUCUCCUCGAGUUGCUUAACCAGAUGGACGGUUUCGACCAGACCGCCAACGUCAAGGUCAUCAUGGCCACCAACCGCGCCGAUACCCUUGAUCCCGCCCUGCUGCGUCCCGGUCGUCUCGAUCGCAAGAUCGAGUUCCCCAACCUGCGCGAUCGCCGCGAGCGCCGUCUUAUCUUCACCACCAUUGCUAGCAAGAUGAGCUUGGCCCCCGAGGUCGAUCUCGACAGCUUGAUCACCCGCAACGAUCCCCUCAGCGGUGCCGUCAUCGCUGCGAUUAUGCAGGAGGCUGGUCUACGUGCGGUACGGAAGAACAGGUACAACAUCAUCCAGGCCGAUCUGGAGGAUGCCUAUAGCAGCCAGGUGAAGAGCUCGAGUGACGAGAACAAGUUCGAUUUCUACAAGUAA